UCAAGUGGCAUUUACCCAGCUGUCAUUUGUGUCAGAAGAAAUGGCCGGGAGCAUGUCUUACAGUAUAGUGGAAUAUUUUGGUGGAGAUGAUGCUUACCGCUGUGGAUACUGUAAAAACGAAAAGGGAAACUUCUCUCAUGGGAUGUGGUCUCAUUCUCUGACUGUACAAGACUACCAGGAUCUAAUCGAUCGAGGGUGGAGAAGAAGUGGUAAAUAUGUGUAUAAGCCUAUACUGAAGAAGACCUGCUGUCCGCAGUACACCAUCAGGUGCCAUGCACUGAAAUUUCAGCCUUCCAAAUCCCACAAGAAAGUUCUGAAGAAGUUCAAUAAAUUCAUUUCCAGCGGGGAAAUACCAAAAGGACUUGAAGAUGGGGAACCGAUGGACUCUGCGUGUCCCGAGGCCGGUCCACGAGAGCCAGCGACAGUCUGCCAGUUAGAUUUAAAGAGCGCUGCGAUCACAGACCUUCAACAGGAAGUCCCAAAGUGUCCUGCUGCCGUGGAGCUUCAGGAGUCCAAGGCUUCCACAGCUGCAAGUUCAGAGAGCUCACAGAAGACUCCGCCUCUUCCAGAGGAGAGAACGGCUCCUAAACCAGGAAUGGGAGCCGAUCUGARCCGCCCGCCUUGUAGGAAGGCCAAAGACUUGCGAAAAGAGCGACGUCUUCAWAAGGACCUGAUCAGACAACAAGUUGAUGGGGUGUCUGCCACAAAACCCAAACCCAAUCGAACCAACCAACCCAAACCUCUGGAGGAGUUUAUAACGGAGUCGUUGGGGGAUAACGCCUCCCACCGCCUCGAGGUGAGGUUAGUGCCGGUGAACUUUGAGGACCCUCGGUUUGCGGCGUCCUACCAGCAGUCGGUGGCGCUCUACGCCCGCUACCAGAUGUCCGUUCACGGUGACGACCCCAGCGAAUGUAGUGAGAGUGAGUUCCGGAGAUUUCUCUGUGAUUCACCUCUGGAGGCGGAAAGUUCUCCAGAUGGCCCAGAGGUGGGUUACGGCUCCUUCCACCAGCAGUAUUGGCUGGACGGGCAGAUCGUGGCAGUGGGAGUCAUUGACAUCUUGCCUACCUGUGUGUCCUCUGUGUACCUGUACUACCAUCCAGACUUUGCAUCGCUGUCUUUAGGUUCCUACUCUGCUCUCAGGGAGAUUUCCUUCACCAGGCAGCUGCAGAAACAAUCCCCCAAGCUGUCCUAUUACUACCUGGGCUUUUACAUCCACUCCUGCCCCAAGAUGCGAUAUAAGGGCCAGUACCGACCCGCAGAACUCCUGUGCCCCGAGACUUAUGUCUGGGUACCAAUAGAGCAGUGUGUAUCCCAGCUGGACAACUCGCGCUACGCACGCUUCAACCAGGACCCUAAAGCAGGAGAUGCCCRGGCGCUGAGGGACGUGGGCAGAGUUCUGGUGCUGUACAGGCGGACCCCCAUGCCGUACGCAGCCUACAGGCGCAAACGUAAAGACCCCAGUGACGAGGCGGCCGUGCAGCAGUACGCCGGCCUGGUGGGUCAGGACUGCGCCGAGAGGAUCUUACUUUACCGCUCCUAAAAUCAGAAACAACUCGUAGAAAUGUCCUCCUCAGUCCGUGUGUCUCCUCCUGACAACACGCUGACCUCUCCACGGUUUUUAUCAGCAUCUGAUGAUCACUUUUAUUUUAUAAUCGUCACAAAUUAUUUCACACUUUGUGCUGAAGGCGCCUCACCGCGCCGUGAUGGCUGCAGACUCGUUGACGCAAAAUUGCGAAGAAAUAUGUGUAUUAUCUUUGUGAGUUUUCAAAACCAGAACUUUUAUGAUUUAACCUGAGUACGAGUUUGAAAUGAAGACGGAUCCAGUUUUCAAACCAUCAACUCGUCUCCAAGCUCCGCCCUCUGAGACGCUGGAUUGAAGCUCUGACUCGUUUUAUUUUAACCUGAUUUGUUUUGAGUGUAAUCGAAAAAAUAAAAAAUAAAAAAGAUAUUUAGAAGGAAAAA